CGUUUUAUUUCAACAACAUUCCAUAUUAAUUCAAUGAUUUACCUUGACGCAUCAGUUCGCGCAUGUACUUUAGAAUAAGAUGCCGCGUUGACAUUGGAAUAGACUCGUUUCGUGAUAAAAAAAAAAUAAACGUCAAUAGUUUUGGCGGGAACUUUUGACGUUCCUUUUUUUUCUGUGGCGCCAAAAUUAAGAAUGGAAAGUUUGAAAAUUUUAAUAUUGUGCUCGUUUGUGAAGUUUGUUUUAUUACAAGGUGUUGGAUCAGGAUCAAAUGGAAAUCUUCGACUUUGCAUCGUAGAGGGGAAAGGGGCGUACAAGCGUGGGGCAAAGUUCUGCCCCGUUUUGGACGAAGAUAAUUCUGGAAUAGAAUGUGUAUUGGGUACGGACAGACUAGACUGCCUCAGACGUAUAAGCAAAGGCACGGUUGACUUCGGUUCGUUCAGUCCUGAAGACUUAAUAGCCGCUCAGUGGGCAGAUAUCGAUGUUCUAGUGACCCAUGAACUACGGCAUAGAGAUAGAGACUACGAGCGAACAGUAGUGGCAGUAGUCAACCGUAAGAUACUGCCAGACCACCCCUGGUCGUUGGACGCAGUGCUACGGAACACAACGCUGUGUCACCCCGGGAAUGGGGUGAACGAUUUACGACCUCUUUCUGAUACUUUAUCUGGGUAUCUAGAAUCACUAGUCAUCACCCGCUCCUGUGACCCUCAGCUGUCUCUCACUGAGAACAGACUGAAGGCCGUGGCUGGUUUCUUCGGAAAGGCCUGUAAGGCUGGCUACUGGGUGCCUGAUGUUGUUAGGGAUGCUGAAUUGAAGCGUAAAUACCCGUCACUAUGCGCAGCUUGCGAGUCGAGCUGUGACUCGACGGACCGCUACUGGGGCGUGAGCGGUGCGCUGUCGUGCCUGCUGGACGGUGCCGGUGACGUCAUGUGGGGCGAGCUGGAUGACGUCACCGCGUACUUCGGGUUAAACACAAACUCCAGCAUGUACCCCAAAUCCGAUAACUUCGCGUACCUCUGCCGAGACGGCACGUGGCAGUCGCUGAAGGAUAACCACAACCCGUGCGUCUGGCUGAAUAGACCCUGGCCGGUUAUUGUUGCUAAACGCAAAGCAGCAGCAGCUGUAACCAAAGCACUACAGGCCAUCUCCAACAAUCUCUACGACAAUCGCUGGCAUACCGCACUGUCAGCGUUGUUAGAAGCCCGGGAACCGCCGCGGCCUGAACACAAAGCACCCUUGGAUUACUUAGCAGCUGCUGAAGGGUUUAGGGAGGCGUAUAGCCAGAGCGGGUGUAGGCCACCCAGACACGUGACACUUUGCACUACAUCGCUACUAGAGCAGAACAAGUGCUCGUGGCUGAGCGAGGCGGGCGCAGUGUACGGGGUGACGCCGCCGCUGCAGUGCGCAGUGCGGAGCGGCGAGCGGGCCGCACUGCGCGCGGUCCGACAGCGGGACUGUGACGUGGCGCGAGUGGGCGGCGACUGGCUGCGCAGCGCCGUGAGAGAAUUCGAUCUCAGCCCAAUCCUAUACGAAGUGACACCCAUCGUAGAAAAGAUGAACACAGUUGUCGCGUAUGUCAAAAAGGGCGCAAAUAUUAACAAGAUGGCGGAUUUGCGCGGCAAACGAGCUGCUUUCCCGCGCUAUGACGGCUUCGCUUGGCAAGCUGUUAUGGAUUAUUUAUCAAAGAAACAACAUUGUGAUGACAUACUGAAUAAUUAUUUUAGCGAAAUAUGCGCCCCUGGAUUGGAAAAAUACAAUUUCAGCGAAUCGAUCGUGAAUAGAUUCACAAAAUCAUGUUAUCAAAAUGGCGGAGACGAAGAAAGGGCAGCUUUGAUGUCGCUUGUUGACGGUCAUAGCGAUGUUGCAUUUAUUAGUAUGAAUGCGUUUAAUUUAUUUAAAGCCGAACAAAUUUCAUCCGGCACAAGCAAAAUUAAUGACAUCGUCCCACUGUGCCCCGAAGACAACGCCAAAUACUGUUACAUUAGUUGGGCCAACAUCGGCCACUUAUACGUACCAAAAAAUAUAUCAGACGUGCGUCGCCACGAAAUAAAGAACGUCUUCACCAAACUGGACCAGCUGUUUGGCAAACAUCAACCAUUCCACAGCCCAAUGUUUAGUUUAUACGGGCCAUUUAACCACCAACUGGACGUUUUGUUCCACAACAAUACUAAAAGUUUAGCUUCAGAGGAAAUAUUCGGAACGCAUCCAUACGACACGAUGCCUUUCAACUUCGAACGCAGAAUUUUGAAUGACACAUUUGACAGCUGUCAAAUAACGGAACAAAUGAAUAGCGCGCGCAAACUGACGUCGGGUUUAUUUUUAAUUGUGCCAGCUCUAGUCGUUUUCGUUUUAGGUAGAAGUUGAUUUUGUAUUAAUUUAAAAAUAUAGCGAAUGCACUAUAAA